UCCUUUUGGGCACACAAUUUCUCCUUGCUGCCUGUGGAUCAGGAUGUAGAUAGAAGUCUCAGCCUCCAGCACCACAUCAGCCUGGAUGCUGCCGUGCUUCCUGUCAUGAGGAUAACGGACUGAACCUCUGAAACUGCUUUGCGCACUCCGGUAGGGGAGAGAUGACUUUCCUUACCGGCUGCUGAGGCGCAAGCAACUCAACCUAGGGCUACGCCGCGCCAGUGACCUGCGACAGUGGACGCCUCCUCCUAGCCCGGCUCGCGGCAGGUCGCACCUUUCCCGCCCGCAGCCCCACGCGCGGUUCGCAGCGAACUACACUUCCCGGCAGGACGCGGCGCGCGCACGCGCACGGGGGCCUCCGCCAUGGCGACAGUGCUGUCCAGGGCGCUCAAGCUCCCGGGAAAGAAGAGCCCAGACCUCGGCGAGUACGACCCCCUCACCCAGGCUGACAGUGAUGAGAGCGAAGAUGAUCUUGUGCUCAACUUGCAGCAGAAGAACGGAGGGGUCAAAAACGGGAAGAGUGCCCUGGGAGACCCUCCGGAGCCUGACUCGGAUGCGGAUGUGGCUGGGGCCGCAAAGCCGCACCUUUCAGAAGUCACCCCAGAGGGUUUCCCCUCAGAACCCCUUGGGGGUCUGGAGCAGAAGGCCACCUCUUCCCUGGUGUCGUAUGUGCGCACGUCUGUCUUCCUGCUGACACUGGUGAUCUCCAUGGUUCUGGUACUGCUCUGCGCCUUCCUCAUCCCCUGCCCUCCCAGAGACCUGCAUAGCACUUGGAGCCGGCGCCUGGGCUCCCCGGGAGGCCCUUUUUGUUUCAUUAUGUGUACGCCAGGCGGGGACCUGUCUCCCCUGGAGUUGGCUGAUGUGAAUAGAGAUGGCCUGCGGGACGUGCUUCUCACCUUUGUGACAACCAGGAAUGGGACUGAAGGAGGUGGCGGUUCACAACCAACUGCAGAUCUCGUGUGCCUUUCGGGGAUGAACGGCAGCACCCUGUGGUCCAGCCCCCUCCCGGAGGAGGCUCAAGAUGUCAUAUGCUUAGAUCUGAUACCAGGAAGCGUGGCCAAAACCAUCUGCCUCGUGACAGGGACUCGCAAGAUGCUCCGUGCAUUCAAUGCAACGUCAGGGAAAGUCCUCUGGACUCUAAACCCAAGCCACCUGUCCAACGGUACCUUGGCCGCCCCGGUUGUGGUGCUGCCAGACCUGGAUGAAGACGGGGUCAGAGAUCUGGUGGUGCUGGCUAUUGGAGAACUGCAGCCAGAUCUGUGUUUUCUGCUGGUAUCUGGCCGGACAGGGAGUCCUGUGGGCCGACUUGUGAAGUAUAACGUCGUGGGAGUGGGGAAUCUGAUUGGUCCCCAGGUUUACACCACCGCCAGUGGAGCUGUCUACAUACUGUUCGGCUUUGGAAACAUAGAAGCUGUCGCCCUGCGGGACAUUUUUGUUCAGGCCCAAAAUCGAGACAGCUCACCACCCUCUCUGCAGAUAGAGGAGCCGGAAUGGGAGAAGCACAGAUCUGUCAAUCUUUCUGAGCUCAUCGAUGUUUACAGUGAUGGAGUUGAGCUUCUCCAGUUGGUGAAGGCCCCAGAUUCCAACAGCAGCAGCCUCCUGAUUACAACUAGACAAGGCCUGGUCCUGCUUAGGGGCCGAGAUCUUCUGCCUCACUGGAAACUGAACCUUCAAGGCCUACGCAGCCAGCCCACUCCGGGGUAUUUCACUGACGACCAGACACUGGACUUCCUCCUUCAGACACAAGACGGAAAUGGAAUGAAAAAGAUGAUGGUGGUAGACGGAGCUUCCGGCGCCAUCGUCUGGAGUUACAGUAUCCCAUGUAACAUGAAGGAGACGCCAACCACUUCUGCAAUUACUUCAGACCAGAAGUCUGUCUUCCUCUUCUGGGCUGAAGCGCUGACUGCCGCAUCUCUCAGCUCUGACGACAGUUCAGGAGCCGAGCCUCCCGGCCUUUACCACCUUUACCUCCUGCACCCAGCCUUCCCCUCUAUCCUCCUGGACCUGAGCAACACCACUGGCAUAGUGACAGCUUCGGAGGUUGGAAUCAACGACAUCUGGAAAGAUGCCUUUUAUGUCACCAGGACAACAGGGAUGAGCCCUGAAGGACACCCUACCUCUCUGGUGGUCAGCAAGCUUAGCCUGCGCUGGGCACUCAUGGAAGGCCAGAUGGUCCAGCUGAAGGAGACCACCCCUAAAAUUGGCCAUGGGGAACUGCGAAGAUUCCUAUCUAGGAUAAAAUUUGUUGAUUCUCCCUAUCAGAUCUAGUGAAAUGGAAUUCUUCAGACUCAGAACUAUAGUGACUGGCUCCUGUCUCUCCUGUGUCAGUUCUCUCGAGAGAGGAUGACUUCGGGGCCGUGCAGCACUUGGGAUCAGUGUACUUUGGCAGCCUGUUGGAGCUGAGAUGUAGCGUGAUCCGCUUAGCUGGGGAAUCUCAUGACCUUCCUGUCCCUGCACUAACCCCUUCUCUGGAGAACUCUGUGUGGAUACUUUGGAAAUGUGAAUCUUAUAGCUGUUUUAAUUUUUUUUGUACCUUUAAUUUAUAAACCCUUGCGGGGAAAUCCAGUGGCCUACAAGCAGGAUUAUGUUGUUUUGCCUUAGGCCCUAUGUGUGUGUGUAUGUGUGUGUGUCUGUGUUGAACAAUUAUUUUUGAGAUAUGCCCCAAGCUUCAGGGAUUCCGUUUCUUGUCCUUGUGAAGUUUGUCUGGCUUGGCCAUCUUGAUGUGUCUGGAUGGCCCUCUCUCUGGUCCUGAGGGUCAAGCCCUGCUGUUUUCCCUCUGUCUAUACUGUGGUUCCUUUUCAACUCUAGACAGCAGUGAGAAACACAUUAUGAUGGGGCUAGUUAUCCAGGAUGCUCAUCUGUCUCCUAGACUCGCCACCUGUUGCGUGCUCGUGAGGACAGACAUGCUCCUAUCACAGAGGGAGCAAGGGGAAGACUUUGCAGGACUCCUGUGACCAGGUCCUUGUGUCAAGCUCUUCGAGCUUCGAUGGCUCUGCAGCUAUGACCUUUGAUUCUGCAAUAAUGAUAGAGGGUUUGCAUGCACACUGUCCUCAGCCUAAAGGUCGGAAGUCCCACGGCUUUGUCCUGCCGCAGCUCUGCCCUCUUGCUCUGAGCCCUCUCUGGGGCAUCUCCAUCUCCUCCUGCUUCCUCUUAUAUUCAGGGAUCUUUUUCUGGACUUUUGCUCCUUGGGUCUGGUAUGCAACCUCGCUGGCCCAUGUUCUUCCCUCCUUAUAGAGCUUUGAAGCAUAUUCUGAGAAAGUUCUCAUGUAAAUACUGUAACUUUUUAUAAUGACCAAGUUCUUUAGAAUUAUUCCUAUCCUUUUUUGCCCCCUUCUAUGUAAAUGUGUGACUUCUUUUAACUCUUUCAAAUGUCUGUGUCAUUAUCUGAUGUGCUGUCUGUUCUCAUGGUGACCAAUGAACACACACUUCUUGAGGGGAAACCAGAUUCUCUCUUCCCUUGGGUGGGUGUGUCUGCUUAACUCAUGUUAAUAAAGAAAUCCCAGAAACUAGACUCUAGGUUUAAGGGGCUAUCUACGGAUUGCCCACCAUAGGUGUUAUGGGUGACAGAGGUCGGUCCUUGGUCCGUCCUACAGGUCGGCCUCACCAGACUUGUUGGUACGUCUGCCAGAAGAGCAGAAAAGCAUAUUUGGAAGUCAUAUGGGACCAGGUUGACUUUGGGCAGGGGAACAAUGAGUAGGAUCUUUUAGAGUCUGGAGAUGAUUCUAGGUUAUUUCUAGUAAGUUGAAUUUCUGCCAGUAAACGAGCUUAGCAUAGAGUUUGGAUUGUGGACUAGCUUUCAGAGGACCGGCAUGUCAGAUGGGUGGUGGUCCUAUGGCCUGAUCGAGCCUCUGUAGGCACAGUGUUCUCAGCAGGGUGGAUGUUCUCGGAGAAGGCAGCCCGUGCUGGAAGGGCUAAGAUACAAAGAUGCCCCAUGGAGACAGGUUUGGGUGGUGCUGCUCGGGCUGGAAGCUGUUUAUGCUGGUUGAGUCUUAGCCGAGGGGGAGCGCCACGGACAGGACCACUGAAUUCUUCGUGUUUUGGUAGAUAACAUCCUAACUUCUCACUAGAAGUGUGAAUCGCCUCCUUGCUGAAUGCAACGGACACUCUAGGCUUACUUCCUGUUGCAGCUGGUACAGAAAGGUAGCUGAGGGUUGAGAUGGCUUCAUCUGGCCUCCUGUCAAAUGCCUCUCUAAACGUCCUCCUCCAUGCAGACAAUAGCGCACCCAGGUAGCCAGGAUAGGAAGCGUUCAAUGUGGGGGGCCCACAGAACCAACCUGAGCACUCCUCAGUAAUAGUGCUGUCUGCAGGGCAAGGGUCUCCCCGCCUCUCCCUUCCUUCCUUUGUAAGCCCUCCCUGCUCUGCUCCUCACAACAUCUUCACCAGCCCCCGAACGGGUGGUGUGGUGAUACCAACUAACCCCAAGGAGGAGAAUUGCUGUCCACGUUACCUGCAUUGAGAAGCAGCCCAGGGGUUGUUGCCAGGAAGUACCGUUUAAAAUGUGAACUGCUACAGAACAAAUAAAUGCUGUGUACAGGAAUA